UUGUAUAGUAACCAAAGAGUACCGUCUCUUUCGUCUUUGUUUUUGAAACUCGCAGUCCGUCUCUCCUCCUCUCCCUCCACCGUCCGACGGCUGCGACACCCCCAAAAAGACUCCAAAUGCCACCCAACCACCCUUCAGCGCCGAAGCCCUACAAACCCUACUUCUUCUACGGCCACCGCAAGCCCUCCCAGAACCGCCCCGUCGUCUACGGCGGUCUCUUCUCCUCCCGCAAAACCAUCCCCGCUCGGCAGACCCCCAAACCCAUAAACCCCCCAGCUCCCUUCCACCUCCACAAAUGGGACCCAGACCACUACAGGCCCCUCCAAUCUCCGUCCAUGGCGCCGGAGCCUCUCUCCUCCCUCGCUGCCUCCCGCCACCUCUCUCCGAUUGCCCGGUUUAUUGUUGAUGCAUUCCGCAGGAACCGCGGCAAUUGGGGCCCGCCCAUCGUUGCCGAGCUCGGCAAGCUUCGUCGUGUGACGCCUGGCCUCGUUGCGGAGGUGCUUAAGGUGGAAAAUAACCCCACGGUCGCCUCCAAGUUCUUUGCUUGGGCAGGUAGGCAAAAGGGUUAUAGGCAUAAUUAUGCUGCCUAUAAUGCACUUGCUUAUUGCUUGAAUAGGAACAACAAGUUCCGAGCAGCUGACCAGCUGCCUGAGUUGAUGGACUCGCAGGGGAAGCCCCCUAGUGAGAAGCAAUUCGAGAUUUUGAUUAGGAUGCAUGCGGAUGCCAAUAGGGGAUUGAGGCUUUACUAUGUGUAUGAGAAGAUGAAGAAGUUUGGCGUGAAGCCACGUGUAUUUUUGUAUAACAAGAUUGUUGAUGGGUUGGUGAAGAGUGAUCAUUUGGAUCUGGCAUUAUCUGUUUACAAUGAUUUUAGGGAUGACGGGCUGGUUGAGGAUAGCGUCACUUACAUGAUCCUGAUAAAAGGAUUAUGUAAGGAAGGGAGGAUUAAUGAAAUGAUGGAGAUUUUGGCUAAAAUGAGAGCAAACUUGUGCAAGCCGGAUGUUUUUGCAUAUACAGCAAUGGUCAAGAUAUUGGUUUCCAAAGGGAAUUUGGACGGAUCUUUAAGAGUGUGGGAGGAAAUGAAGAGGGAUGGUGUUGAGGCUGAUGUUAUGGCAUAUGGAACCUUGGUUACAGGAUUGUGUAAAGGAAAGAGAAUGGACAAGGCCUUUGAGCUGUUUAAGGAGAUGAAAGCAAAAGGAUUUUUGAUUGAUCGGGCGAUUUAUGGCGUAUUAGUCGAAUCAUUUGUUGCAGGUGGCAAAGUUGAAUCUGCUUGUGGCUUGUUGAAGGAUUUAAUUGACUCAGGAUAUCGAGCCGAUUUGCAGAUCUAUAACUCUCUCAUUGAAGGCUUGUGUAGUGUCAAGCAUGUUGAUAGGGCUCACAAGCUUUUCUUUAUAACGUUGCAGGAGGAUCUCCAGCCAGAUUUUUGGACGGUUAAUCCCAUUCUGGUUUCUUACGCCAAGAUGAGAAGAAUGGAGGAUUUCAGCAAGUUGCUGAUGCAGAUGGAGAAGUUUGGAUUUUCUGUGAUAAACGAUCUCUCCAGUUUCUUCUCAUCUUUAGUUUGUGAGGAAGAGAGGAUACCAAUAGCUUUAGAUGUUUUCAGGGACUUGAAAGUAAAAGGUUACUGCAGCGUGUCGAUCUACAAUAUCCUGAUGGCGGCUUUGAAAAAGUCUGGGGAUGUAAAAUUGGUAAUGUCUCUAUUUGAUGAAAUGAAAAACAGCCAAAUCGAGCCCGAUUCCUUGACUUAUAGUGUUGCCAUUGAAUGUCUUGUUACGCUUGGGGAAAUAAAAGAGGCAUGUACAUGUUACAACAAGAUAAUGGAGAUGUCGUGUCUCCCCUCUGUAGAUGCAUAUUGUUCUCUCGCUAAAGGACUCAGCAAAAUCGGGGAGAUCGAUGCCACUAUGAUGCUCAUCCGUGAUUGCCUGGCCAGUGUUACUAGUGGACCCAUGGAGUUCAAAUACUGUCUGAUGAUUCUCCAUGUAAGUAAGUCAGGGCAGGCUGAGAAAGUGGUUGAAGUCCUGGAUGAGAUGGUGCAAGAGGGCUUCCCUCCAAGUGAUGUUGCAUACUCUGCUGUCGUCUCUGGAUUUUGUAAGCAUGGGACAAUAGAAGAAGCUAGAAAGGUCUUUUCAAUUAUGCAAGUGCGCAAGCUUUUGAAGGAAUCAGAUGCAAUUGUUUACGAUGACAUGCUGGUUGAACACAUGCAGAAGAAGACAGCAGACCUGGUGUUAUCGGGAUUGAAGUUCUUUGGUCUGGAAAGAAAAUUGAAGGCAAAGGGUUGUAACCUGUUGCCUUUGUGAUGAUACAUGUGUUCUAUGUUCAUUCUACCACCACUAUAUUUAAAGGCUUCUUUGCGAUGCAAAAUGGGAUGGGCUUCCUAGCUUUGUGAUCGCUAGGAUGACCUCAAUGAAAUGCAAGGCAUUUUCUGGAUCCUUGAGAUUGCACAUUGAUCUUCUGCCCUAUGCCAGUACCUUUUUAUUGAGGUUUGACUUGAUGUUGUUCUCUGCUGCUAUUGCACCAUCACUUCGGGGCCUUGUAGGAAGAUUACCCUGUAUGCUUUUGGUGUAUUGCUUGGAGGCUAUUCUAUAGUGGAUGAACAACCUACACUUAAAUCAGUCCUACUGGAGACCAAUAUAGAGGAAUAAUUUGGUGACUUCCACUAGCAUGGGCCAAUUCAUUGAUCUCUUUGGCAAUGAGGGUCUCAACUGUGCAAAUUUAGGAGGUUUCUGCAAAACAUGGAAGCUAGUACCUGUGAAAAUAAUUUAGCUGUUAUUUGGCUGUAGUUGGAUAUAAUUCGAAGGCUUGCAUUUCCAAUAACCAUUGAGAGGACCACCAGGAAAUGAGGUCAAAUCAAUCGUGUUGUGUCUCAAGAUUGAAGAUGGGUACGUGUUGCUUUCAGUUCGUUUAAGAAGAUUCAGAAAGUGGCUGCUUUGAAGAAUUAUGCUGGGUGCCACCCCUUUUUGGCUGCACAUAUUUCCAUCAGCUUCAAUUACUGUGUAAUAUCAAGCUGAGGGAAUGAUGUCAUCAUCUAUAUAUUGAAGGUGCUUUUCUCUUAUAGAAAUUGUGCAGCUAGUUGCAGGGAAGAACGGACAACUUUUUUCUUGAUGGUCUUUUCCUUUCGUAUUAUUAAAAACUGUAAAAGAAAUUGAGCUCAAAUUGACAGUCUCUUAGCAAGCGCUUUUUUUUUAUGCUUUUCA